AUGAAAUAACUCAAGAGUCAAAAGAUGAAAAUACAGAGUUAAAUAAUUUAAAAAAAAAUAAAAAAAAGAAAGAAGUAAUAUUAGAAUUAAAUAAUUUAAAUGAAGAUUAUUUAGAUAAGGAAUUAACAGAACAUAGUUUGAAUAAUAAUCUUGUUAUUAUAUUUCAAACUAAAUUGAAAUUAGAAACCCUUUUUGAUAAAAUUAUUUAG